AAAAAAGUUCUACAGGUACGUCCUUGUAUACUGAGCCUCUCAGUCUCUCUACACUCCAUUAAUUGAAGAAUCAAGGUUUAACCCUCACCAAAUUUCCAUCGUUUGCAGCAACUACAGGAAGUAUGUAUCUCAAAGUGCAGCUGCCUUGGAAUGUUAUAAUUCCUGCCAAUCAACUGGAUGCCAAAGGAAUAAUGCUUCAAAGGUCAAUCGUCGUCCGUUUAUUGGAAGAUUUCGCAACCAAAAAAGCCACCGAAGAUUUGGGAUACUACACUGCUGUCUCUACUUUGGAGAGAAUCGGGGAAGGUAAAGUGAGGGAGCACACAGGGGAUGUACUCUUUCCAGUUACGUUCAAAGCCAUCACCUUCAAGAUUUUCAGGGGAGAGGUUCUAGAAGGGGUUGUUCACAAGGUGCUUAAGCAUGGAGUUUUUCUGAGAUGCGGGCCGAUCGAGAGUAUCUAUCUCUCCUGUUUGAAGAUGCCAGACUAUCAUUAUGUGCCUGGAGAGAAUCCAGUCUUUUUGAACGAUAAGACCUCCAAGAUUGAGAAAGGUGUGGUGGUUAGAUUCAUUGUCAUUGGAACCAAGUGGCUUGAGGCAGAAAGGGACUUUCAGGCGUUGGUCAGUUUGGAGGGCGAUUACCUCGGACCGGUAUGCUAGGUCUAUGUUGCUGGAGAUUCAUGUAAAUAAUCUUAACUUAGGGAAUCAAAUUUGGCUGUUGAUUGUGGAUUUUGGUGAUUAGUCGUGAGGACUAUUACAACUGUAGUAAUCUAGUUAGUGGACUUUCCGUUACUCACAAUCGCACAAAAACUUAUCGAGUUUUAUAUUUAAGCAUUUUUGUUUUAA